GACGCGCGGUGCAACAAAGGGGACGACCGGCCGAUGCAAUCGAUCAACCACCUCGUGGGUCUCGCGGUCGGGAAGCGCACGCUCCUCCUCGAGCAGAUGGCCAAGGCGAAGAAGAAGACGCUCCAGGGCGCCGAGGAAUCGGCGCAUGAGCUAGUCCAGCUGCUCCAGCAAGAGACGAAGAAGCGCAAGUAUGCGACGAUGAUCAACCUCAUCAAGGUCAUGAAGUUCUCGUUUGUCGACUCGGAAACGUGCAUGCGGCGACUGCACGAGGCUGGCUUUGCAGCGGCACUCGUCGACGUUUUGAAGGCCUUGAAAAACGUGAACCAAGGACGGUGGCUCGAGGUCUUUUUGACCAACCUUGCCGACUUGGCCGAGUGGGACCUCUUCCCGUCGCAAUUUCGAAAGGCGUUAGUGGAAGAAGUGCUGGCGGUCAUCGAACGUCGGCUCUCGGACUGCGACCCCUUGGCCACGGAAGCGAUGAGCGUCGUCACGGCCAUCUUCUCCAGUAAUGCGCAAGGGACGUUGAGCGACAUGCAAGCCAGCACCACAUGCAUCCCAAAGAUGCUGCACAUCGCGUACAACAUCCCGAAGAUGAAGUCGUUCCACUUGCAAGCUCUGCUCGUCGAGUUUGUGUACCGCGUCUUGCGCUUGCUUCGCAAGGGAAGCGGGAAGAAGGAGCAAGAUCUCGUGGCGAGCCUACUGCAAAAGCUUCCUUCAACUCUCUCCAAGUGGAUCUCGGAGGUUACUGCAAAGCAAUUUCGACAAGGCACUCGCGACAUCUUGAAUCAGUUCAACCGCGAGGUUGGCGUCGUGACGACAUUUGCUUUGCAAAGCAUUGUGCUUGAGGGCAGCGGGAAAACACGGAUUACUGCGAGCAGUGCGCCUUGGAUCGACAUUGGCGGCUUGACUUGCGAAGUCGAGCUCCAAGUUCCGGUCAAGGCCGAAGACGCCCAAGGGUUGCUCAAGCUCCACGCAAACGACAUUGAUGGCUACCAUGUGCACACUGGGUCCGGCAUCACCAUGAUCGUCAAGCCAACACUGUCGCUCGCUGACGUGAUCCCGAACGUGAACGAUGCAGAGUGGGGUCUCGUGAAAGGGGUUUCUGUCGUUUUCGAGGCCAAUGCUCAGGCGCUUGCUGACCUCGAGAAGGCUCUCUGUGAGCGAUUUGGCCCCCCAAAAUCGACUCGUCACACCGUUCCUGGCCAGUUGAAGGAAGGACGGCAAGUCCAGGCGAAGAAGAACCCAUCAGCAUUUUACAACGCGCUUGCUUCUGCCCAGGAGAACGAGAUGAAGACGAAAGACGCCGAGCCAAGCCGCAAGGAGGACGCGAACAAGUCCAAAGUGAUGAAGGCAACGAAGAAUGCCGAAAGCUCGCGAGAAAUCAAGGCUGAGUACAUUGCGUCCGGAGGCAGCGACGAGCUGACGACGAAGCGGUUACCGAUGGCUCCGAUGAAGGGGCAAGGCAAGCGCUCGAUAGACCAAGUCGAGCCCACCACAGACCAUCGCAUCGGAUUGACUGCAAUGCGCCACCCCGAUCGCCGAGCGCCUUCUGUGAAGAAGCUUACAAGUGCCUCGGUGGGCAUGGUCGAGGUUGCAACCCGAGUCGUAGCACGAAAGGCGGCGGCAAGCCCGCCCCACAAGCGCAUGAAGGUCGAGCCCGAGACCCAGCAGCAAGCGCCCGCGCAAAAGAAAGUGACGUCGGCAAGCAACAAGAUCGAGACCAUGAAGCCUACACCCUCAACACGCCGCAACGUUCAGAUCAAGGAGGAGGUAUUGUCGGAGCCCGUUGACAAAGCCCCACCCACUCGAUCGUCAACACGACUGGGACGGCAGAGGGCGACCGAGCGACGUUUUCACCACCACAAGGAAUCACGUUACGGCUACGACCCGCAAGGCGACGAGCAGGCACAGCAAUCCUCGCUGCCGCACGUCGAGCAACACCCAAACCAUGAAUAUGGGGUCUCUUUGGACGGCCACGACAAACGUCAAGCAUAUGACAGAAACUCUAGCGAGCAGGGAAUUAUCACGGGGCAUCGAUCGACGGCUUCUGCCAAGAACACUCGCUCACUCGCCUCGGAAACGACUGGCAAAAGCAGCCUCACCACGUUGAUUGAGAGCAUGCAACAGUUUUCCAACGACUUUCGCGCGAGCAACAAAUGCAAUUCCGGAGAAGAUGAGCCGCAAGAUGCUGAAGAACGCUGCAUCGCCUGGGUGCCACCCGAGUCUCCGACGAGCUCGCAAACGUCAGACACGAGCAGCUCAAUGUCGCUCGAUCCCGAGCCCGAUGGCUGUCACUACCCAAGCAAGGAGACCAUGCACGUCAUUGCGGUAUCCCCCAAACCGAACGUCCCAUUGACGCGGAAGCCUAUUUGUGGGAAGCACGAAGUGCACGGAAGCGCCAAGACCAUGGAGCCGCCUCGCUCGAAGCUCGAUCCUCAAGAGACGCAGCGUCAUUUGCUCUCGCAGCUCAAGCUUCUCGGAGAUGCGGUGCUCGCCGAGCAAGAUGCGUUUCGUGAGAGCAAGAUCGAGGCGCUGUGUCGCCACGGCUUCGCGACGCUGAAAACGCAAGCGUCCAAGCACGUCCAACACUUGCAGUCUCGCAUGAGCACCGACGCGAUUGAAUCGAGCCUUGGUGUGACCCUCAAGGGGCAUCGCGACACGAUGGACCAGCUUGCCGGCCUUCAAGAUGCUGUGAGCAGCCACUUGGACACGUCCGACACGGCAGAAGACGAGCUACUGCAAGGAUGCUUCGACCUCAAGCACACGGUCCUCGAGACGCUUCGUAUCAAGUGGCAAGAUCAACUGCGCCCCGCGCAAAAGAAGUCGGACGCGUGCCGCAGUACGCGGGGUCGCCAAAUGCACAACAAGCUGCAAGAGAUCAGCACCAAGUUCAACACCAGCGAUCUGCACGCUAUGCAAGCCAUGCUCGGCCGAAUUUAAGUGUCUCGCAUUAAUACACGUCAUCGUAACUCGUA